UCUCCGUUGACCUCAAUUCCACUGAUGGCAUUCGAGUCUUCUUCACCAUCAGCGAAAUCUGAAUGGAUAUACGACGUGUUCAUCAAUUUCAGGGGAGUAGACACCCGCAAGAAGUUCGUUUCUCAUCUCCAUUCUUCGCUCUCAAAAGCUGGAGUCAAAACCUUCCUUGACGAGGAGAAUCUGCUCAAGGGAAUGGAGCUGCAAGAACUAUUGCGAGCAAUUCAAGUAUCUCAGAUAGCAAUAGUAGUUUUCUCCAAAAGAUACGCUGAAUCUAGUUGGUGUCUUGACGAGCUUCAAAAAAUCUUUCAAUGCCGCCAAACUUGUGGCCUAAGAGUUGUGCCUGUAUUUUACUAUGUUGAACCGUCCGAAGUACGUCACCAGACGGGUGAUUUUGGAGAUGCGUUGAGAGCAGCUGCAGAAAGUAGCUAUGCAGGAGAACAUCUGGAAUUCGCUUUGUCGAGUUGGAGACGCACACUCACCGACGCUGCAAAUUUGUCUGGGUGGAAUGCCACGGAUCGGAGGACUGAAGCUGAGCUAGUGCGCGACAUUGUUAACCACGUUAUUGCCAAUCUUGAUUACAAUGCCUUUUCUAUCACCAAAUUUCCUGUUGGAUUAGAUCAUCCGGUGCAAGAAGUGAUUAGAUUUAUUGAAAGAACCAAAGGCUGUUGUAAGAUAGGGAUAUGGGGAAUGGGAGGAUCUGGUAAAACUACUAUUGCUAAAGUCAUCUACAAUAAACUUCAUCGUUUAUUCGAGAAUAAAAGUUUCAUUGAAAAUAUUAGAGAAGUUUGUCAAACAGAUAGAAGAAGAGGGCUUGUUCGUUUGCAGGAAAAACUUCUUUCUGAUAUCCUGAAAGUAAAGGUGGAGAUACAAAACGCUGGGAUCGGACAAGGUAUGAUUGACAACAGAUUUAUUGGAAAAAAGGCGCUCAUUGUUCUUGAUGAUGUGAAUGAGUUUGACCAACUAGAAGCACUAUGCGGAAAUACUGAGUGGAUGGGUGAAAGAAGCGUAAUAAUCAUUACAACUAGAGAUCUGCAUUUACUCAAGAGAUUUGAAGUUAAUUAUGUUUAUGAAAUGAAGGAAAUGGAAGUAGAUGAGUCUCUUGAACUUUUUAGUAGGCAUGCUUUCAGAGAAGCAAAACCAAGAGAAGAUUUCAAUGAAGUUGCAAAAGAUGCAGUUUCUUAUUGUGGUGGACUACCUCUAGCUCUUGAAGUUCUGGGUUCUUAUUUGAGUAAUAGGACAAUGACUGAGUGGAGAAGUGUGUUGUCAAAACUAAAAAUAAGUCCAAAUACCCAAGUCCAAGAGAAACUAAGGAUAAGUUUUGACAAUUUAUGUGAUCAAAUGGAAAAAGAAAUAUUUCUUGAUGUAUGUUGUGUUUUUAUUGGUAAGGACAGAGGCUGUGUGACGGAGGUACUAAAUGGCUGUGGACUAUAUGCUGAUAUUGGAAUAACUGUCCUCUUAGAGCGUGGCCUCAUAAAAGUCGAAAAGAACAACAAACUCAGAAUGCAUCAUUUGCUACAAGACAUGGGAAGAGAGAUUAUUCGUGAACUUUCAAGAAAAGAACCUGGGAAGCGCAGUAGAUUAUGGUUUCAAGAGGAUGUACGUGAUGUAUUGACAAAUAGUACCGGGACAGAUGCUGUUGAAGGACUGGCUCUGAAAUUGAAUUUAAACAACAGAGAAUGCUUUAAAGCUGAUGCUUUUGAGGAAAUGAGGAGUUUGAGACUGUUGCAACUUCAUCAUGUAGAACUCAUGGGAGAUUAUGGCCAUCUUUCUAAGCAAUUGAGAUGGAUCUGUUGGCAAGGGUUUCCUUCAAAGCACAUACCUGAAAACUUUUAUCUGGAAGAUGCAAUUGCAAUUAAUUUCAAACACAGUAAUCUUAGACAAGUGUGGAAAGAACCCAAGGUUUUGUUGAUGUUAAAGUUCCUCAAUCUUAGUCAUUCCAAGUACUUGACUGAAACUCCUGACUUUUCUGGACUACCAUAUCUUGAAAAGCUCAUUCUCAAAUAUUGUCCAAGUUUGCGCUGUGUACACAAGUCCAUUGGAGAUCUCUGUAAUAUUGUGUUGAUAAAUUUGAAGAAUUGUACAAGCCUUAGCAGUCUUCCAAGAGAGAUAUAUAAGUUGAAAUCUUUGAAAACUCUCAUCCUAUCUGGUUGUACGAAGAUUGACAAAUUGGAAGAAGAUAUAGCGGAGAUGAAAUCCUUGACAACUCUAAUUGCUGAAAAUGCUGUUGUGAAAGUUCCCUUUUCAAUAGUAAGCUCCAAAAGCAUUGGAUAUCUUUUUCCAUGUGGGUUUGAAGGAUUAUCCCAUGAUGUUUUACCAUCUAUUAUUUGGUGCUGGUUGUCACCGACAAUGAAUCCCCUGUCUAGUACUCUUCCGUUAUGUGGCAUAUCAGCAUCUCUAGUUUCCAUGAAUAUGCAAAACAUUGAUUUGGGUGACCUAGCACCGAUCCUUACCAACCUUUUAAAUCUUCGAAGUGUUUGGGUGCAAUGUGACACGGAGUUUCAAAUAACUAAACAAGUGAGAAAAAUUUUGAAUGACGUAGGAUGGGUACAUUUCACUGAGCUAGGAAUAGCAUCCUGUACAUCAGAAAUUUCAGACAAUUCCUUGAGAUCUUAUUUGAUUGGAAUCGGAAGCUACCAAGAAGAAGACUUCAAUACUCUUAACAAGAGCAUAUCUAAGGAAUUGGCAACCAGUGGAUCUUGUCAUGUUUUUCUGCCAGGAGGCAAUUAUCCUUUUUGGUUGGCUCAUACGGGGGAGGGCCAUUCAGUGUCUUUCACUGUGCCUCAGGAUUGGGACAUGAAGGGAAUGGCUCUGUGUGUUUUGUAUUUAGCAACACCUGAAACAGCAGCAACUGAGUGUCUUAUCAGUGUAGUAAUGGUUAAUUACACAAAGUACACCAUCCAGUUAUACAAGCGAGACACAGUGAUUUCCUUUAAUGAUGCAGAUUGGCAGGGCAUAAUAUCUCAUUUGGAAGCUGGAGACGAGGUGGAGAUUUUUCUGUCUUUUAGGAAUGAAUUGGUGAUAAAAAACACAGCCGUCUAUCUCAUAAAUUAUGAAUUCAUUGACAUGGAAGUGAAAGCUGUUAGUAAGCCACCUGUUAUGAAGGUUUAUAGCAGGAAGAGGAAUCUUACGGAUCAAGAAAGCAGUCGGAAGAGACAAUGGUAACAGUAUUAGAAACAUAAAGAUUUGUUUAUAAUGACACUUAUGAGUCAUGGGAAUAUAAUGACACUUACUAGAAAAGGUUAUUUUCUCUUUUUGGAUGACAAUUAUCCAUUGAUUUUUACCAAAUAAAUUGUUUGUGCUAG